AGCACUGUCAAACAGCACCAUCAACAGACUGAGGAACAGGCAGCCAGAGGAGAGGCACACGCUGGCGUUUUGUUUACCUCCAAAAUAAGAAGAUACAAUUAUCUCAACAUGUCGGGAUUUGACGAGAACCCCUUUGUAGAUGCAGUGGAUGUCAAUCCUUUCCAGGAUGCCUCAGUCACACAAAUCACCAGCGGUGGGAUUGAAACCGUUGAGGAGUUCAACCCAUUCUCAGCCAGUGCUAUGAGCACCCACACUGGGACCACCAUCCCUAUCUCUGCUGCCUCCUCCCAACCAGCUGUCCUACAGGCUUCUGCUGUGGAACCCACCCCACAAGCGACUGCGGCUGCUGCCCAGGCUAACCUGCUCAGGCAACAGGAGGAGCUGGAGAAGAAAGCUGCUGAACUGGAUCGGAAAGAGCAGGAGCUCCAGAACAGGCCUGGAGGCCACAUUACGAAAGAAAACAACUGGCCGCCACUUCCCAAGUUUUCCCCCAUAAAGCCUUGUUUCUACCAGGACUUCAAUGAAGACAUCCCUGAAGAGUACCAGAAGAUAUGCAAGAGGAUGUACUACCUUUGGAUGUUUCACAGUAUCACACUCUUCCUGAACCUUCUGGCCUGCCUGGCCUACUUCACGGCCGAUCCAAACGCGGGGGUGGACUUUGGUCUGUCCAUCCUCUGGUUCAUCCUCUUCACCCCCGUCUCUUUCGUCUGUUGGUACAGGCCAGUGUACAAAGCCUUCAGGUCGGACAGUUCCUUCAGCUUCUUCUUCUUCUUCUUUGUUUUCUUCUUCCAAGUGUCUGUCUACAUCAUCCAGUGUGUGGGGAUCCCCAAGUGGGGGAACAGUGGAUGGAUUUCGUCCAUCACCAUGAUAAGAAGCAACAUGACUGUAGCUGUGGUCAUGAUGGUUGUGGCCGGCUGCUUCACUGUGAACGCUGUCCUUGCCAUCAUCCUACUCAAAAUGGUCCACUCCAAGUAUCGUCGGACGGGGGCCAACUUCGCCAAGGCCCAGCAGGAGUUCUCUUCAGGGGUCCUCACUAACCAGACCUUUCAGAGCGCCGCAGCCAGCGCCGCCUCCUCAGCCGCCCAGGGGGCCUUCCAAGGACGCUAGCGAUCCUAAAGCCACAGGGCCAGGUUCCUCCUAACCUUCCUAGUCACCUCUCACUCACUCCAAGCUCUGUUUUGUCCCAUGGCCUCAGUGUCUCUGCAGAGGCAACAGAAAUGGCUGACAGGACAGAAACUAGACUGGUAUACAGGAACAUUACAAUUUACUGCUGUAUCAUGGACAUUCUCUAACCACAGCCAUUGAUACAUAAACCCAAUUCAACCUCUAGCCCCGUGUAUUCAAUGUGAUGGAAACUCUGCUGAGCUGAUCAGAGGGUAUAAAUGGAGCUAUUACCAUGUUGAUUGGACUUAUCCAAGUGUCUGGGGGUUUGGUUUGGGAAUGGGGUGUCUAGCUGGUAGGGGGGUUGGUUUGGGAAUGGGGUGUCUAGCUGGUAGGGGGGUUGGUUUGGGAAUGGGGUGUCUAGCUGGUAGGGGGGUUGGUUUGGGAAUGGGGUGUCUAGCUGGUAGGGGGGUUGGUUUGGGAAUGGGGUGUCUAGCUGGUAGGGGGGUUGGUUUGGGAAUGGGGUGUCUAGCUGGUAGGGGGGUUGGUUUGGGAAUGGGGUGUCUAACUGGUAGGGGGUUUGGUUUGGGAAUGGGGUGUCUAGCUGGUAGGGGGUUUGGUUUGGGAAUGGGGUGUCUAACUGGUAGGGGGUUUGGUUUGGGAAUGGGGUGUCUAGCUGGUAGGGGGUUUGGUUUGGGAAUGGGGUGUCUAGCUGGUAGGGGGUUUGGUUUGGGAAUGGGGUGUCUAGCUGGUAAGGGGGUUUGGUUUGGGAUUGGGGUGUCUAGCUGGUAAGGGGGUUUGGUUUGGGAUUGGGGUGUCUAACUGGUAGGGGGCUAGGGUUGGUUUGGGAUUGGGCACCAGAGUUCGGCAAAGUUUCCUCCAUGUUGGUACCAAACAUUCCAUGACAAUAAUGUACAUUUUCAUUCUAAGUGGAAUGUGAUACGUUAAGAAAGCGAAUGCGUAAUCUGUCUUGCUCGUCUCCUGUAGGUUUUAAUGCUAUUACACUAUGCUCCUAGCGAAUGAGGAAUGCUCUCCCUAGAAUACUUUACAUUGUCAUUUUAAUCCUCACUAGAAUGAAAUAGUUUGGUACCAGCAUGGCACUUAUCAUAAAAACACAAUCUCAAAUUAAGUUGUAUUUUUAUUCAGUAUAUCAAUUGCGCUCUGUUCAACAGUCCCAUAGUUUAGUCUUUACCUUGUUAUGUUCUCUUCUUCCUCACUGUAUUGCCCUAUCCAGACACUCAGGUCCUCUUCUCAUGACAUACUGUACCUUUAACGCAGAGAUCUCCAACUCUAGUUGUGGAAAGCCACUGUUAGUGCAGGAUUCUGUUCUUUCCUAACACUAACACACACGUUUAAAAUACUCAGCUGAUCAUGGUCUUCAACCUUGAUUAUUUAAAUCCGGUGUGUUGGUGCUAGACUGGAACAAUGCCUGCGUACCCAGUGGCUGUCCAAGACUGAAGUUGAAGAUCCUUGUAUUAAAAGGGUUUGGGUACAAAACCGUUACUGAAGUGGGCAUCUGAGGUAAAAACACUGAAAUGUCUACUGAAGGAAUUCCAUUUUAUUUUGUGAAGUUUACAUUGUUGUUGAGGUUUAUUUUUGCUCUGAUGAUAAUAUAUUGAAGGGAUGAAUGGUUUUAUUUUCCUUCGUUUUUUUGUGUGAUUUCAUAUUUUACUGUUCUUCAAUCCCUCAGUAGGGUUGGACUUGCUGAAGUAUGAUAAGGCAACUGCUGUGUUUUUGUAGAUACGAUAAUGAAGAUAUUGGGUGACGGUUUAACUAAAUGGGAUUUAAUGUAUACUCAGAUGUUAGUGCACCACCCCCUGUAUCCCUCCUACUGUACUUUAAAGUAACUGUCCAGUGAAAAUCUUACUUUUAAAAGUUCAUAUUCUGUUAACUGCUACCCAAACAAUGUUGUUGACUCAUCCUAUACGCAUAUCUUUGUCAAAAGCAUAAAUUGGAGAAAAAACACUUCAAAACCCACCUGAAACGUAUAUCUGAGUUUAAAAAAUGCUUGCUAUUUCCUCAGAGGAGGAUGAGCUGGCCAAUCAGUGGUCUACUCGCAGUAAUAUUUUUAAUAACCGGUAUACGCCCACACCAUUCCAACACAGAAUAGCUGUUUUUUUAUUGUACUUCAUUAUUUAUUUUAAUUGUAAGGAAAACUAUUUGUCAUAUUGUGAAUAAUUAUAGGUCAUAUUUCAUAGAAAUAUUGAAACACGGGACAGUUACUUUAAUGAACAUAGAACCACUUUUGUGCUGUCACCACUACUUUUUGGAGUUUGUGGCUUCUGGGUGUUAUGACGUCAGGACAGGUGGGAUCUUUUCUUACAAAUCAGACAAAGGACUCUAGUUAGUCUUAAAUUAACACUUAGGUCUUCUUUCUCUAUGAAUGAGAUAUAGACCAGUCAAUGUGGCUAAUGUGGCAUGCUCAUAGACAUUUCUGGAAGAUUGAAUGAACAGGUGAAUGUAAUAUAGGUACAGCAAUGUGAGAAUGAGAAUGAGUGGAUGGACAAAUGAAUGAAUGAUUUGACUAAUUACAUGAUAAUCUAAAUGUAUUAAUGAAUAGUUAGUUAUUGAUUGUGGAUAUGUGCCUAAAGUAAAGUUCAGUACAAUAACCCUAAAGAUUGCAGUAAACCAAGUCACGACUUCUAAUACAGCAACGAUCAAAAAAUAGAUUUACAUUCUUGAUUUUAGUUGUUGGGUAGUAGUUACAACACUGGGCAUAUUAUUAUAAAUAAUUUUUUAUGUAUGGUUACUCUGAAAUGUCACUAUGCUGUCUACUGGACAUUUGCAGUCUUGCUACACUACCGCUGUUGGUUCCUGAUAUGUCAACUCUCAGAUGUUAUGUAGUUGACACUGGUUUACUGGGAUUUCUUUUUGAGCCUAAAACUCACUGAGACAUGACUUUAAAUGAGCCUCACCUUCUGCCUAUUAACUACCAUUAUGAUCCAUACGUGUUCUGAAUGUUUGUCCAGAUACUUCUGUAUUUAUCUGAUCCUUCUAUUGGGUAGUGACCCGUUACUGGGUGUUAUCUAGCACAGGGGUGUCCAACCCUUCUUCUGGAGAGCUACUGGGUGUGCAGGCUUUUGUUUUAGCCCUGCUCUAACACCUAAUUCAACUACUCAACUGCUCAUCAGGGCCUUGCAUGAUUAGCUGAUAGCUUCUGAUUUGGUCGAAUUAAGUAGGGAUGGAAUGGAAGCCUGCACAGUGCACACCCAGUAGCUCUCCAGGAUGGCUGUCUUCUGGAGGUCAAGGGUCAAAUAUGUUUGUCACUGUACAUAUGUCUGACAUGUUACAAAGCUGUUAUUUUGUCUGAGGGAUUUUUACGACUUAUCUCUAAAGUCAUUUAUAGAUCUAUUGUUACCGCUAUUAUUCAAUAAAUGGAUGCAUUUCUUUGCUCUGUCUUGAA